AUAGGAAGCUAGGGGACUCGAUGCUGGGCCACGCUUGGUCCAAAAAAUGGUUGGUUUUGGGGAUCACAGGACAUCUAGCAUUGUAGCUAGGAUUGCUGAAGAGGAAAUUGCACAUGUUGCUGUUGGUGUAUACUGGCUUAUGUCCGUCUGCCAUAAAAUGAAUCGUGCCCCAUGCUCCACGUUUAAAGAGUUAUUACAUGAGUAUAAUUUGGAGCUGAAAGGGCCAUUUAAUUAUUCAGCUCGAGAUGAAGCAGGCAUUCCACGCGAAUGGUAUGACUCAUCAUCAACAAAGAAAGAGCCUGAAGAGAAUCGGAAAAGUAGUCAGCAGCUUUCGGAGGUUUAUGAUAGGCUCGCUUGUAUCAUCUCCAUGGAGAGCGAGCAUUCGAGUUUAAAUAGACCUUCUCGAUGACUUUAUUUGAAUAGACACUACAAUAUCAAGGGUACAUUUCUAUGAGCUGUCCUGUUAGGUUCCGUGUAUUUGUUCUGAACUCUGUAAUU